AUGGUCGUCAAGCAGCGCAAGAACCUGCUCGUCGAGAACGUCGUCGACCCCGCGAGCGGCGAGGUGCUCGAGGAGUUCCGGCUGCCGCCGUGGUGGCCGAAGCGCCUGCGGCCGCCGCGGAGGCUCGCGCGCGGCGUGUCGAACGCGGAACUCGCCCUCGCCGGGUUCGCGGCCGGCGGGCUCACGGAGGUCGCGCGCGUCGCGGCGCUGCACCCGCUGUCGACGGUCAAGACGCGGUCGCAGGGCAACUUCGAGGGCGACGACAUCUUCGCGGACCUCUACGCGGGCGCGGGUCCGUCCAUCGCCGCCGCCGCGCCGGCGGCCGCCACGUACUACUUGGUGAGGGACCUCGCGAAGCGCGCCGUCGCCGAGGGCCCGGGCGCGGACUGGGAUGCGUUGCUCGUCGCGGUCGGCGUCGCCGCCGUCGCGUCGGCGGCGUCCAUCGCCGUGCGCGCGCCGGCGGACGUGCUCGCCGCGCGCGCGCAGCUGUCGGGCGCCGAGUCGUCGAUCGGCGACGCGCUCGACGUCGGCCGACGGCGGUACCCGACGCUCGUCGCGACGGAGGUGCCCUACUCGCUCCUGCGAUUGGUCGGCGUCGCGCUGCUGGACGCCGAGUUCCCGCCGAACGGCCGGGGCGUCGGCGUCGCCUCGGCGCGGACCGCGGUCGUCGCCGCGGUCGCGGCGCUGGCGACGACGCCGCUCGACGUCGUGCGCACGCGCGCGCUCCUCGCGACGGCGUCGAACGAGCGCGCGCCGGGCGUCGUCGGCGCGCUCCGCGGCAUCGCGGCGACGGAGGGCGGCGACGCGCUCUUCGCCGGCGCGGCGGCGCGCGUGCUCUACAACGGCAUCGUCGUCGCGGCGGUCAUCCCGCUCCGGAGCCUGUUCUACACGGGGCUGCGGGACGCGCUCAUCCUCGACGGGGUCUUCGAGUUCGACGCGUGA